CUCACCUUGGUCGAGACAUAAGAGAUCUUGAAUUUAUGGAGGUCAGAAGGAGAAAUGUGCAUACCACCAACAAAGGUCCGAGGCCUAGUGUCUCACAAAUAGUGAAUGAGCUAGAUGUCUUCCCAAAACUUCCACGAGAAUGCAAAAAAUCAACAUGGAGUGGUGGUCUAGUUACUAUUCUAACAUUUUGUUGCAUAUCUUGGUUGCUUAUAAUGGAAUGUCGAAGUUAUCUUGAUCCCCCCGUCAAUUAUUCUUACGAAUUAGAUAAAUCUACCUCUGGAAAAGUAAAAGUCAAUAUUGACAUUGUUGUUGCCUCACCAUGCCAUGAUGUUUCAAUGGAUGUGGUGGAUACUUCUGGGUCCUCUCUGUCUGAUGAAGAGAAUAUUCAGUACUUACCAACAUCUUUCGAACUUAGCCCAUCAGCCCGAGCCGCAUUCAAAUAUCGACAAUAUAUAGCUGGGGCUCUCCGUGCAAAACAUCAUACUAUACAGCAUUGGUUGUGGAAAUAUGCCUCUGAGACAAGUGUUUUCACAGACUUUGAAGUCCCUGUGGUUAAUAAAAAGGUUUCUGAUGACCGAAAUUCUGAUGCUUGUCGAAUCGUUGGUACUUUGUUCGUUAAAAAGGUUGGAGGAAACAUACAUAUACUAUUUGGGAAACCUCUGAACGGGUUCGGUAAUUUUCAUCUACAUGUUGUACCAUUUUCAAGCCAAUCGGUUCAGAAUUUCAGUCAUCGAAUAAAUCAUUUUUCUUUUGGUGAUCUAGUUAAUGGACAAAUACAUCCGUUAGAAGCUGUUGAAUCUGUUACUGAUGUUGCCUUUACAUCAUUUCAAUAUUUUGUCACAAUGGUCCCUACCAAAGUGGUUAAUCAUUUUCAUAUUACAGAAACUUAUCAGUAUGCAGCAACUUUACAGAUGGAUAGUGGCUAGCGGUAGAAUCCAGGACGUGCGUUUCGUCCUAUUUGGGACUCGUCAGUUGGAUGUACCUGCAUCUGAGAGUUGAUGGUCACUCUGGGACUCGUAUCCAGUACCGUUCGCUUCAAACGCCAUCGCGUUAUCCACUUAGCUACUAAGUCCUAAUAGAACAAUUAAUCAUGAUGCUGGAAGUCAUGGAAUACCUGGAAUAUUUUUUGUUUAUGAUACUUUUCCAUUAGUUGUAAAAAUAACAUAUGAUCGUGAAUUAUUAGGGACAUUUUUUACUCGACUUGCUGCAUUAGCCGGUGGAAUAUUUGCAACAGUUGCUUAUCUACGUGAAAUAUUAUCAAAUUUACCUGAUAUUUUAUUUAGAACACGUUUAGGUCGUCAAUGGAAUAAUAGUUGGACACGUGGAAAACGAAAUAUUUGCAUUAAACUAUCUGAACAUCUUCCAAAUAGUUUAGAUAAAACUGGUUUUUUAACUCCAUCAUUAGAGAAUGUAUUAAAUCCAGACUCAGAUACUUGAUUUAGACAAUUUAGUCUCCAAUUCAAUGAAUUACUCUAUUGUAGUCAUUAUUAUUAUUAUUAUGAACACUAUUACUUUUCACCAGCUCUAUCUGUUUUCUGUAUCUAAUAUUACCUUUUCUGUGAUUUGUAUUUAUCGGCACAAUGUUUAUGUAUGUAUGUGUGUGUGUGUAUAUAAAUGAGUAUAACUUUUUUUGUCUUGUACUGCUGAAUUACUUUUGUGUACAGUAUCUUUGACCUUUAAUAUCCAAUGUAUUCACAUACUUCACUCUAGUUCCUUUAUGAAAUUUUGUAUGUUUCUAAAAGAUUUUUUUAUUUUAAUAAAAUAAUAACUACUAAUACUACUAGUACUGCUGCUUAUCUUAUGCAUAAUUGUUAAAAUUAGUUUUCGGUUUGUUGUAUAUAUUUCUAUAUUUUAUUGAUUUUAUACCUGUAAGGAAUGAUAUCUACUUAAAGAAACAAUAAUGGUGAAA